AAAUAUCGUUGGGCAGUCAGUAACAAUUUGACCGUUCAUUAAAGAAGUUCUAAAGUAUACUACUAACCAUAAGCUUGGUUUGUUUAUUCACAUAAAUAUCAAUUCCGAUAGUUUUUUUUUAAUGUUUAUAAAUCAGUUCUUAUAACAAAAACAAAAAGAAAGAAGGAACUAACUCCCACGGAAUGGAUUUGAUAUUAACUGUUCUCAUAAUCACACUUAUUGUAAUUAUCAUACAAUUGGUAUUUAAAUCAAUAAAACGACCGGAUAACUAUCCACCUGGUCCUCCCUUCCUACCAUGGAUUGGAAACACUAUGCAGCUAAGAACCGAAGCUCGUCGAGUGGGCGGUCAACAUAUUGUAUUCGAAAAUUGGGCCAAACAAUACAAAUCUAAUGUAAUUGGUCUUAAAUUAGCUGGAGAAUACGUGAUUGUUGUAAAUUCUUACCCUUUGGUAAAACAAAUCCAUUUGAACGAAGUUUACGAAGGCAGACCAGAUACGUUCUUUUUGCGUUUACGAACCAUGGGAACACGAAAAGGAAUAACCUGUACCGAUGGAGCCCUAUGGUAUGAGCAUCGUAAUUUUACAAUGAAACAAAUGAGACAAAUCGGAUACGGUCGAACUCCAAUGGAAGCGCACAUAAUCGAGGAAGCUGAUGACUUAAUACGUUACAUCGAUCAACUAGACGAAUGUCACAUUUACCCAGGUUCGUUUUUGGCAACUAGUGUCAUUAAUGUUCUAUGGUUUCUAACAACCGGACAGCUUUUGAAAAGAAAUGAAGAGCGUCUCAAUACCUUGCUAUCACUACUUGGCAGAAGAUCGAAAGCUUUUGAUAUAUGCGGAGGUGUUUUGACACAGUUCCCUUGGCUGCGACACAUAGCCCCAGAUAAGACUGGCUAUAAUUUGAUACUCGAAUUGAACAGAGAGUUAAAUAACUUCAUCAUGGAAAGCAUAAAUGAGCAUAAGCUGAUAUUUGAAAAGUCAAAUGGCACAGAAGAAAGCGAUUUGAUAUACGCUUAUCUCAAAGAAAUGCAAUCAGGCGAAAAAGAUGAAAAUGGUUCAUCAAAUGAGACUUUCGAUGUAAGCCAGCUUACGAUGACAAUUCUAGACUUUUUCAUUGCUGGCUCACAAACGACAAGCAACACACUUGAUCUGGUACUUAUGAUGCUGGCCCUCAGACCUGACAUCGAAGAGAAAUUAUUUAAGGAAGUUCAUGAGAAUCUCAAUGAGAAAGAGUUUCCACUCUUGAGUGUUAGGACAAGAUUUCCUUAUGCCAAUGCGGUGCUUAUGGAAGUUCAGAGAUAUUUCCACAUCCUUCCAAUAACAGGACCACGAAGAGCCUUAUGGGAAACUAAGCUAGAUGGUUUUACAGUACCUAAGAACACUACAGUUCUAAUCAGUCUUCGAAGUGUUCUUAUGGAUGAGGCACAUUGGAAAGAUCCGCAAACUUUUCGACCGGAAAGAUUCCUAGACGAAGAUGGUGGCAUAAUUAAUGAUGAGUAUUUUAUACCAUUUGGUCAGGGAAGACGUCGUUGUCCUGGCGAUUUAUUGGCCCGGUCGUGUUUGUUUUCGUUUUUGGUGAAAAUCGUACAGAAUUUUAAGAUUGAAAGCGAUGAGCAGAGUAAAUUGUGUACAACUCUUGUGCCAGGUAUAAUGCUUUCUCCAAAACCUUAUACAAUUAUGUUCCGACGUAGAAAAUAAGGGUUAAUACAUUUUGGUGGUUAUAAUGCAGCACAUACUGGAUUUGGGAAUUGCACAAUUUGUUUUGUUCACCAAUUUUGUAUAAGAAAAAAUAGAGUAACAUUUAGUUGUUUAUUUAUAAAAUAACCAAAUGUUGCUUAUUUCAGCAAUACACGAAAAUGAUGACGGUAGAAGGUUAAAAUUAUAUAAGACUAUAAAUUAUAAACGCUUAAAAUUUAAUUAUUUAAAUAAAAAAAUAAAGCAGACACUUA